CAAAGUUGUUUACUAGGUUUUCUAGUUAAUUAUGACUAAAAGUUGUGAAUAAGUUAUUUUAUUUCUAACGAAAAUUGUAUGUGUAUUUAAAGCACUAUAUGUGGUGAGACUAAAAACUGUCAUAAUGACGCCAAAGAAAAAGGAUGCAAGUAAUACAGAAUCGAGCACAGCAUCAAGCACUGAUUCAACUUCAUCCAGUAGUUCAAGUAGUUCGGGUUCUGGAUCCAGUAGCAGCGAUAGUGAUUCUUCUACCUCCCAAGAGGAUUCUCGACCAACAACCUCUACACAGAAUAAGAAACCAACACCACGCAGAAGUACAGAUUCUGCCUCUACUAAAUCGAAUGUUACUAAAAAUGAACCAGAAAAAUCUGUGAACAAGCAAACGAAAAAUGAAAAAACUCCACAAAAGGCUCCUGUUAAAAGCAAGCCAUCAAUUUAUUCCAGUGAGGAUGAUACUCCCAGUAAACAAAACAAAACAAAUGUUACAACUACUGCGAAACGAAAAGCACCGGCUGCAAAGACAAAAUCUGGUGCUGCUGCUCCUAAACCAAAACCUACUAUCCUUAAAUCUGGUGAAGUUAUUAAUAAACAAAAUCCAACACGAAAAAUAAAUGAUAAACCCCAUGUAACAACAAGUAGUGAUAAAAAUAAGAAAAAAAGUAUUUUUUCACCAGAUAAUUCUUCAGAUUCUGAAGAUAAUGCAUCUCCUAACAAAUCACAAACUAAGUCUACAAAUUCGAAAACAACACCAGGUAAUCGCACAAAAGAAAAGGCUGGGGCUACGAAAUCAAAACCUACUGCAACGAAACCUAAACCUCCUGCUAAACCUAGUUCAAAUACAAAGACAACUAGUAAGGCACCAAUUCCAAAACCCCGAAGAAAUUCUACCCGAACAAAUUCUAAAACAAAAAGUAGAGAGUCUUCAGUGAGUAGCGCGGCUUCAAAAUCAGAAUCAUCUUCUGAUUCUGAUAGUAGUAGUGCUACAAAUGAUGAUGCUAAUAAUAGAAAUAAUAACGCUCAAUCAGAUACAACUGAAUCUAGUGAAGCAUCUAUACCAGUACCACCGCCAACUAAAAAACCUGCCAGAAAAAAUCAAUUAUCUAAAACUACAUCAAGCAGUUCAAUUACAACAAGCAAUAAAAGUAAUAGCAACAACAAAGUACCUGCUUCAGAAUCAGAUGACUCAAAAAGAGCAUCGGUAACUAGAAAAUUAACUAGAAGUUCAAGCACUAGAAAAUCCAAACAUCUAACAGGUAAAGCACCAUCAGAUACAGAGUCUGAUGGGUGUGAUUCUGGAAAACGAUCAGCAUCUAAGAGUCCAGUAAAAAGAUCUAGUGUCCCAGCCAAAGCAUCAGGAAAAAAUAAACGUGCCAUUGUGGGUGCACAAGCAGCUGGGAAUAAACGCAGAGUGUCCUUACCACCAGAAGAACGAAAAUGUCCUCUUGAGGGUUGUGACAGUAUGGGCCACUUAGGAGGUACAUAUGAAAAGCAUUUCACUAUAGAAGCUUGUCCUUUAUAUCAUAAUACGACAAUGGCACAAUGUAAAUCACAAUUGCCAGAAUGGAAAAAGCAUGAUGAAGAGAGGGUAAAAGCUGUAGCUCUCCUUGAUAAAGAAAGAAAAGGACUGACUCCAGAGCAAAAACAAUAUCAAAUGAAGAUAAAAGAUAUCAGAUCGAAAUUUAAACCUACAAGCGAAUCUAAGUCAGCUGUUGUUGAUAAGGAUCGUGAACCUUCCUUGGCAGGUGUUGCAAGUGAUUAUGAUCUGAAAUUAUUCAAAGAGGCUCAGGCAUUAGCCAGUGUUGCUAUUGAAAAUGAACUUAAGGAAUUACCAGUCAGUAGAGGCACUAGGUUUGUUUCAAUGGGUAAAUAUUGCAUGGAAGUAUGGUAUCAAAGUCCAUAUCCAGAAGAUGUAGCACGUUUACCAAAAUUAUAUUUAUGUGAAUUUUGUCUGCGCUAUCAAAAAUCUAGUGUGGGAAUGACCAGACAUGCAGCUAAGUGCGUUUGGAGACACCCUCCUGGUGAAGAAGUGUAUCGUAAAAACCGUCUUGGUGUUUGGCAAGUUGAUGGAAAAAGGCACAAGCAAUAUUGUCAGCAUCUAUGUCUACUUGCCAAAUUUUUUCUUGAUCAUAAAACAUUGUAUUAUGAUGUGGAACCGUUUCUAUUUUAUGUGAUGACUUUGACUGAUAGUGAAGGUGCACAUACGGUUGGCUACUUCAGCAAGGAAAAGAAUUCUUUCCUGAAUUAUAACGUAUCCUGUAUUCUUACUUUACCUCCGUACCAGAGGCAAGGAUAUGGACGACUUCUCAUUGAUUUCAGUUACCUCCUUACCCGUACGGAAGGUAAAAUUGGUUCUCCUGAAAAGCCUCUAUCAGAUUUGGGAUUGAUAUCUUACCGGUCUUAUUGGAAAGACGUUCUUCUGGCUUAUCUGUGCUCGAGGGAUGGAACUACUCUAUCGGUCAAAGAUGUUUCUCAAGAGAUGGCCAUCAAUAGUUAUGAUAUUGUCAGUACCCUACAAGCUUUAGGAAUGAUGAAAUAUUGGAAAGGAAAACAUAUAAUUCUGAAAAAAUUGGAUGUGCUCGAAGAAUAUGCAGAACGUGUCAAACGACGCGGAUCUGUACGAGAGAUUGAUCCAUCUUGCCUACGAUGGUCACCUUUCGUGCCACCAGCGAAUCCGUCUGGUAACUCUGGUAAUAAUGGUAACUCAGGUAACAAUGGAAACUCUGGCGGCGGUUCGACUGGCGGUUCAAGCGGUAACUCCGGAGGCGGCGGCGGUAAUUCCUAGCGCUGCGACGAUCUCAACGGUUGUGAAAUAUCGAUGGAUGGCGCGGGCGUAUAUUAUCGGCGGUAAGAUUUGAAUAUAGCGCGCCUUGGGUGAGUAAUUUUAUUAUUUUAAAUUAUUUUAUAUGGGUUUUAUGUAUAUUAUUUAUUAUUUACUAUUAAUUUUUAAUUGCGAAAAAUUUCAUAAAG